UAAAUAAUCAAAAAGCAUAUUUUAAAUUAACACACAAAAUUUGAGAAUAAAAUAACUGAAUUUUUUAUUUAAUGCCCGUUUUAUUACGUCUCGCGACUUUGAGAAUUCAAAGUGUUGUUCUCCGUUCGUUAAGAAAAAUGUCUUUCCAAUAUCCGAAGGCACGUUUGGAUGACACCGUUAAAGAUAAUUAUCAUGGUGUUGAGGUUUCGGAUCCUUUCCGAUGGCUUGAAGACCCCGAUGCGGAAGAGACCAAGGCUUUUGUUGACGCUCAAAACGCGAUUACACGACCUUUCAUUGAUAGCUACCCAUUAAAAGACCAAAUUAACAAAAAAAUGACUGAAUUAUGGAAUUACCCCAAAUUUUCCCCACCAUAUAAACAUGGAAAUAAAUAUUUUCAGUUUCGAAAUACUGGUUUACAAAACCAAAGCGUUAUUUAUGUACAGGAAACAUUAAAUAGUGAAGCUAAAGUAUUUUUAGAUCCAAAUUUGUUAUCAGAAGAUGGCACAAUUGCUUUAUCUGGGGUUGAUUUCUCUGAAAAUGGCGCUUACUUUGCUUAUGGCUUAAGCAAAAAUGGCUCUGAUUGGUUAGAAAUUAAAUGCAGGGAUGUUAAUACAGGAAAAGAUUAUGAUGAAGUGUUAAAAAAGGUUAAAUUUACUUCCAUGUCUUGGACACAUGAUGAUUUAGGAUUUUUUUAUUGUGCAUAUUUAGAUAAAGAAGGAAAAUCAGAUGGUUCAGAAACCGAUAGUAAUGAAAAACAGAAACUUUAUUAUCAUAGAUUAGGAACUGAGCAAUCUGAUGAUGUCGUUGUCGUUCAAUUUGAAGAUCCUCAAUUAAGGAUAGGUGCACAAGUAAGUAAUUGUGGGAAAUAUUUAAUUGUAACGUCCAUAAAAGGAAGUAAAAAUAAUUUGUUAUAUUUUGCCCGAUUGGAUAAUAUCGAAAAAAUUUCGGGAUUAUUAGAUUUACAUCCGGUUGUAACUGAAUUUGAAGCCGAUUAUGAAUAUGUUGCGAAUACGAAAGGAAAAUUUGUGUUCCGCACAAACAAAGAUGCCCCUAAUUAUAAAUUAGUUUUGAUUAACUUCGAUAAUUUAGAUGAUAAAUGGGAGGAUUUAAUCCCCGUCCAUGAAAACGACGUUUUAGAUUGGGCGAAACCAGUCAAUAACGACCAAUUGGUUUUGUGUUACCUUCGUGAUGUUAAAAACGUGAUGUCUCUUCAUAAGUUAGAAAGUGGCGAAAAAAUGUAUGAUUUUCCGCUUGAAUUGGGAACGAUUUCUUGUUUGUCAGAAAAACAUAACUCCGCCGAAAUGUUUUACGGAUUUUGUUCGUUUUUAAAACCUAAUGUUAUUUAUCAAGUUGAUUUAAACCAAGAACCGAUUUCUCCUAAAAUUUUUUAUGAAACUAAACUGGAAAAUUUUGAUCCAAAUAAAUAUGAAAGCAAACAAGUUUUUUACGAAAGCAAGGAUGGAACUCAAAUUCCAAUGUUCAUUGUUAACAAAAAAGGAUUGAUUAAAAAUGGAACAAAUCCGUGCCUUUUAUAUGGAUACGGUGGUUUUAACAUCACGUUAACCCCUUCAUUCUCAGUUACACGGUUAAUAUUUAUGGAUUGUUUCGAUGGGGUAUUUGCUCUCCCAAAUAUUCGGGGAGGAGGUGAAUACGGCGAUAAAUGGCAUAAUGGGGGUCGAUUUGAAAACAAACAAAAUUGUUUUGAUGAUUUUCAAAACGCGGCAAAGUAUUUAAUCGAAAAUAAAUACACAAGCAAAGAAAAAUUGAUCAUACAAGGUGGAUCAAAUGGCGGAUUGUUGGUUGCUGCUUGCAUUAAUCAAGCACCUCAACUUUUUGGUGCAGCUAUUUGCCAAGUCGGCGUUUUAGAUAUGUUGCGUUACCAUAAAUUUACGAUAGGAUACGCUUGGAAAACAGAUUAUGGAUGUUCGGAUGAACCGGACCAAUUUAAAUAUUUGUAUAAAUACUCACCGUUGCAUAAUGUACAAAUUCCUGAAAACGAAGAUGUCCAAUAUCCAGCCACUUUAUUAUUAACGGCCGAUCAUGAUGAUCGCGUCGUUCCCUUACAUUCAUUAAAAUUCAUCGCUGAAAUUCAACGGAAAAUUGGAGAUUUGCCUCAACAAAAAAAUCCUAUUAUGAUUCGUGUUGAAACUAGGGCUGGACAUGGUGCAGGAAAACCAACGUCUAAAAUUAUUGAUGAAGUUACCGAUACAUUAAGUUUUAUUGCAAAGUCACUCCAAUUAAAAUGUCAAAUUUAAUAAG